ACCUUGACGGGGCUCUUAAUUGUGCCAGAGACUUUACUUUUGGAACAAAAGGAGCUAGAGUCCCAAGGAGGCAAAACAAAUAAUAAAAUCCCCGAAGUUACAGGACCUAUCAAAGUGGACUCGUUAGUAAGCAAACGAGUCUGUCUGCUGUGGAUUUUUUCGUUUUCCGGAUUGAAACAAUACACUGAUGACUGUUAGGGAAUACUGAACGUUAUUUUCAUUGAUGAUAUCCCGGGUAUUCCGGGAUAUAAGCCAGUUUAUUUUCACGCACCUGGAAGAAAUUAAGAAACCAUUGACGACUGAAUUCUCCGAGGUUCAAAUCCGCCAGUUUGCACAAGUGUUAUUGAUACGGAUCAAAAGGCUGGAGGGGUCUAUUUACUGGAGUUAUUGACUGGAUCAAGUGAUAUUUACCAGUAUUGAACCCGGGACUUGUAAUAUUUACCUGUGAUGGCAAUAGCGAAAGUUUUUUCUCGUUCACUUUCUUUAUCUUUGCUAACGAAAUACAUGGCAGGUUAUCACAGAACAAGGUGUCUUAAAACUUCGGAGGUUUUCAAUGGUUUUAUAUUUAGGAUAAUGUUUGUCAUAUACUUUAGCUGUGUCAAUAGCCUAAGUCGCGACAUUGUUAUUCUGUCAGGCAGUAAUUAAAAAAUACUAAAUCAUUUUUGACAGCUUUUUCCGUUUCCUAAUUGACUCACACGAAAUAUAACGUGGAACAGGGCAGAGAGAUAACCGAAAUGAUUUUAAAAUUUAUUAGAAUCAUGAUCAUGUUAAGCAAUCGAUCGGAACGGAUGCAAUUUGCUACUGUGACAUUAAGGCGAGUUUUUUUAAGCUGUCGCUUUUCAAGGGCUUUGCGCCGUUAAAAGGAUUAUCAGAGGUCAAGAGAUCGGCUUUGUACCGAAAAUACUCAAUGCUGAUUUGCAGGCUGGAUGACACUUGACGUCUAUUAAGGACAUCUAUCGGAACUUUUUAAUGAGGUCUGAUUGGUUGGGCGGAGCUUGUGGGAACGUCAAGAAUGUACAUAGGAAGCCAACAAAAGUCAUACCUACACAGCGAGGAGAAGAAACCACACAACUGAAAAAACAUGGAUACCUCCGUAAGAAAUCAAAGCGCGAAAAAACGCUAUCAUCUCCGCCCAGCAUCUCGCGAGACACGAAGCAAGCUUGCAAUGUUGGCGAGCAUUGAGGACGAGCAAGAGGACAUGUGUAAUGACUGCUUUCGAGAUUCGAAUCGGUUACGAAGGUACCCUCAUCUGAGGUCAAACCGGGACUGUGCAACAGUCAGGGAGAGAAACCGCAUGCAUAAGUUGAACCGAGCGUUUGAGGAACUAAGGAAAGUUAUUCCAAAAGAGAGCUAUGACGGAGACGAGAAACUCUCGAAGAUCGCGACACUUCGGUUGGCCAUUCAUUAUAUCUCUGUUCUAGCGAACAUUUUAGAGAAAGAUUCAGAAGAUGACAGCGAAAAAGACGAAGACGAAGCCGAACCAACGAACAAACGACAACGUUUAAGCGACGAAGAAACGUCUUCAAACACGAGCAGUACAGAAUUCGGAUCACAGUGCUCACCGGAGGGAGUUUUCUUUAAUGAAAGUUUCUGGUGUGGGACACUGGAAGAAUUUGUUGGACCCCACUGCGACGAACUCUCGCUAACAGACGCCCUUGAAGCUUACUCAAUCAAUGAUGCCCCUUCGACCCCAUGACAGCCCGCCUGGCUCGAGUUUUUGCAUGUGCAGCGGCCACGCCACGGCUCGGAGACAAAUUAACGUGCAUUUGAAGGAAUUAGCCUUUGUUCUCGAAUGAUUUCGAAACAGAAAACGUUGCUAACCAUAAACGCCACAAAAGCCAAAUUAACCUUCGCUUAGCCCUCGUUUGUCGCCUUGGAAUUAUAACACCACACAACUUUGAAGAGGUCAAUUUUGACUGCGACAUUUCCUUCUUGAAAAAAAACAAUUAAUGUUCUGAUUUUAUGCUAGUUUCUCUACGGUGUUAAUCGCAUUUCCAUAAACGACUUUUGUGUUCGUGAGCGCUAAAUAGUUACAAAUCGGAAAGCGGAAAACAUUACUGUAAUUCUGUGGAUUUGAGAGGAAAUUUGAUCUUAAAAAUACUUGAACGCGAGGAAAGCCAAACUGCUACAGCUUCCCAUGGAAAGGCAGUCAAUCUAUAACUUCUCCUAACAAAACCAAUACGAUUUAAGCAGACAUGUGAUGAGAAUAAAAUAAAUAAACAGUUAGGGAAUUAA